UCGUGUGCGGAGCUCUCGCUCAGCGUCCCGUCCCCGCAGGUGAGCGGGGGGCAGCGGAGCCAUGCGGCGGUGAGAGCGGGGCGGUGGGGCCGUGCCCCCCCCCCAUCCCCUGUCCCCGUCCCCAUCCCCAUCCCCAUCCCCACCCCCGCGGGGCUCCGGAGCGGGGGAGCGGCGGGGGAGUGGUUACCGGCGGCGCCGCGACACCCCCGGCCCCCGCCCGCCCCGCGCCCAUAAAUCAGCACCAUGAUGACUACUACUGGGCAUGGAGCGACGAGGAUGCUCCCCCCGGGCCCCGCGCUGCUCCUGCCGCCGCUGCUGCUCCUCUGCCGAGUGGUGGAGAGCCGAGGAGGGAUCAUGGACAGCGUGCAGAGGUUCUCAAACCUGCCGACGUACCUCCCCGCCAGCUAUCACAUCUGCAAUGCUGAUGUUUUCUUCUUCCUUAAGGAAACCAACCAGGACAUCACCAGGAACUCCAGUUUGCAGUCCAGGGUGGAUUCAUUCAUUAUAUACAAAUCCAAACUGCCUCCCGUCCUAAAUGCCACGUACGGACCCUUUUCUGUGGAACAGGCUGUUCCUUUGGACCUCAUGUUGUCUUCUACAUCUUUUGGUUUCACGAAUGAAUUCACUUUUAAUUGGAAAUUAAAAUCGCACAUAAUAGACAGCUCAAUUUAUUCCAACAAACCUAAAAUACAAACCUUGUUCUAUAUUGCGGGGAGAGACUGGGAUGACUAUGACCCUGAGGAGAGGUUGCCUUGUGUGAAGAUGUUUGCUUUCCUGGAAUCUAGAGAAGUGGUGGCCAGCUGCAGGUUGACAGGCCAACUGGGGUUAUGUGUUGCAGAGCUGGAGUUGUCUCCCAGCUGGUUCAGCUCCCCUCCACCCCUGGUUUCAGAGGAUACAGCCCCCCUGGAAGGGAUUACUGUAGAGCUCUUCUAUAAGAUUUAUACAGCAGAUGGGGAAUGUUCUCCAGAGGAUGAAAAGUGGGAGAACAAUAUUCACGCGGAUCAAGAGAACGAACAGAAGGCUUUGCCAGCUAUGGAGAGGAUUGGUAGCAUUGUUGUUUACCCAAAUCAAGACACAUUAAAACAGUCUUCAUUGAGGUUAGAUGAGAAUGUUGUAAUCCGCUUGCCACUCAGCCCGGUCAGAGAAGGGGAUGUUGUGACCUUCCAUGUCUCCCUGGCAGAUGACUCUCUGGCAGACCAGUUUGUAUUAAGAAUUAGAACAGCCCCAGGUGUGAAGAUCCUGGAUGUCAGAGUCAGUGAUGCGGACCAGUGGGGAGUUCAAGAGGAGACUGAUAGCGCCAGGACCACUGCCACGAUCACCUGCAUGCACAAUGAUCCGGACCCAGAGAGCAGAGCAAACAUCACCUCCUAUGAGAUCCUGCAGAUGGACUUUGAGAUCGACAACACCAGCAGCCCGGCGGGGGCUCAGCAAAUCACCUGGCAGGUGGAAUACCCUCGAGACGAUUCUCUGAGUGAACUGAUGGUCUCUGAGAUCUUUGUCAGCCGAACGUUGUUUGCUGGAAUCGUUCCUCUUGCCAUGGACACAGAAGUCCUUAAUACGGCCAUCCUGACGGGCAAAACGGUGUCAGUUCCAGUCAAGGUUGUUGCAGUGCAAGAGGAUGGGUCGGUCGUUGAUGUUUCAGAGUCCACUGAGUGCAAAUCAGCUGAUGAAGACGUCAUAAAGGUUUCUGACAGAUGUGACUCCGUCUUCGUUAAUGGCAAGGAAAUGAAAAGCAAAGUGGAUACUAUUGUUAACUUCACUUAUGAGCAUUUUACCACCCAAUUAGAAGUGACGGUCUGGGUUCCGCGCCUACCGCUGCAGAUUGAGAUCUCCGAUACGGAGCUCAGCCAGAUCAAAGGCUGGAGGAUACCCGUCACCUCCAAUAAGAGGCCUACCCGUGACAGUGAGGAUGAAGAAGAUGAUGAGAAAAAAGGAAGAGGUUGCACUCUUCAGUAUCAGCAUGCCAUGGUGCGAGUCCUCACACAGUUUGUAGCCGAAUCCUCUGAGUUUGGAGGCUACCUGACCUAUAUGCUAGGCUCUGAGUGGCAGUUUGACAUCACUGACCUUGUGACUGAUUUCAUGAAGGUGGAAGAUCCCAGGAUUGCUAAGCUUCAAGAUGGUCGAGUUCUGGUGGGUCGGGAGCACGGCAUCACCACAGUCCAGGUUCUGUCACCUCUUUCUGAUUCCAUCCUGGCAGAGAAAACAGUGGUAGUUCUAGAUGACCGUGUAACUAUUACAGAUCUAGGAGUACAACUAGUUUCAGGCUUGUCCCUCUCCUUACAAAUCAGCAAAGGAAAUAAAAGAGCUAUUGUAUCCACCACCUCUGCACACGAUAUCCUUCAUACACCAAAACAGGAAGCCAUAGUCAGUGCUUGGAUUUUGUUCAGUGAUGGGUCAGUGACACCAUUAGAUAUUUAUGACUCAAAGGAUUUCUCAAUCACCAUCACUUCACUGGAUGAGAUGGUAGUAUCUGUACACCAGAAUCUUCAGUCAAAAUGGCCCGGGGUAGUGGCAGAAGGGGACGGUCAAGGACCUCUGAUUAAAAUUGAAAUGGUCAUCAGUGAACCAUGUCAGAAGACAAAGCGAAAGAGCAUUCUGGCUGUUGGAAAGGGAAACGUCAAAGUGAAGUUUGGUCAAAAAGAUUCUGAUCAAAAAGAAAGCACCAAUGACAUUGAUGAUACAGAUAAAGAUUUUAAAAGCCAUGCAAGCAAUUCCAUAGAAAAAACUGCAGAACAAGAGAGGACAGCACAAGAAUGGUCCAAAAAUGGAGUCCUUAGCGAGGACAAUGCAAACAAAAGCACAACUUUCAUAUCUCCCAUUGAGCAGGAUUCCCUGGAGGAUGACCAGCUCCAAAAUAACCCAACUGCCUUCACAGGUUUCCCUGCCCAAGUAGAAAUACCAGGAGAAAACAAUCCCAGUGAUCUCACAUUGACUUCGAGAGGAUUAACAGAUUUAGAGAUUGGCAUGUAUGCCCUGCUGUGUGUUUUCUGCUUAGCAAUCUUGGUCUUUUUGAUUAACUGCGUGGCAUUUGCUUGGAAAUACAGGCAUAAAAGGUUUGCCGUGAGUGAGCAAGGCAACAUCCCCCAUUCCCAUGAUUGGGUCUGGCUUGGAAAUGAGGUUGAACUGCUGGAGAACCCAGUUGACAUUUCACUCCCAUCUGAGGAGUGCACUACCAUGAUUGACAGAGGAAUGCAGUUUGAAGAAAGCAAUUUUCUCCUUAAUGGGAGUUCUCAGAAGACUCUUCAUAAUCAUAUCCUCAGAUCUUCUGAGUACCUUUGUGAAAAAGAAGUUAAAAGUGAACCUAUAAAUCCUUCUGGGCCAAAGCAGAAGCGAGUGAAGUUCACUUCCUACACAACAAUACUGCCGGAGGAUGGAGGCCCCUACACCAACUCAAUUCUGUUUGACAGUGAUGAUAAUAUUAAAUGGGUAUGCCAAGAUAUGAAUCUUGGUGAUUCCAAGGAACUUAGGGACUAUAUGGAAAGACUGCAAGACAAUAUGUAAAACUGCUUUCUUAUGUUUGUAAUCACCUUUAUGCCUUCUGUUUAUGGAUGGUGGAGCAGUCAGUCCAGUCAGCAAUAGCAACAAGACAGUUCAACCUUGGAGUUACUGAGAUGAUAAUCGGGCAUCACUGAGCAGGUACAAGAGGCUGGCUGAGUUAAACCUGUUUCACCACAAACCAGGAUGUGCCCCUAAAGCAGCUACCUGUAGGUGUUGAAGGUGUCACACAAGAUGGCUGUUUUUGUAUACUGCCUGGUACUAGCAAAAUGCUAAUACAACUACGCUCAGACUCAGAGGAGACUUCAUUUGUUUGUCAUCUCUCAUGAUAAAUGGUAAAUCAGAAAAGAAAGGGAUCUUUGUUUGCAUUGAUUUUUCUAGUUGUCAUUCUUUGUAAAGCACAGUGGACAUUUCUUGCUUACAGCCUGAAACAUGGCUUAUAUUAAAAGGGAUAUGAAUGAAUCUAAUCUUAUUGCCUACAUGCAAUGCAGCCAAGUAGUCUUACUGUUUUUUACACAUAUAAAAAAAAACCCCAUGUGGUUAAUUUCCUUUUGUAUUGUUUAUGAAUUUUAUUCGACUUAGGGAACAUUAUUUCCAUUGAUUUUUUUUUGUUUUUUUUGUUUCUGUUGUACCAAAGUGAAGUACAGUAAUAUUUAUAACAACUUAGGUUUUCCAUUCACCUGCAUCAGCUCCUAGAGCUACCUCCUUCACCACCGAUUAUCUUCCUUCCAUGUGACUAUAUGGGUCAUUAGAAACAUAGAAAGGUGUUAGAACUCUUACUGGGAAAGGGUUUUAUCUUACAGGGAACUGUAAAUACAAUAAUAAACAACCCCUGGAAUAUAAAAAUCGAGGAGCAACUCCAGAUUUACUUUUGUCAUUGCUUACAUGAAAACGUAACCUGCAAAGAAACAGCACAUACUUGAAAGGAAAACACAGCAGCUCGGUUGACAAUACACAUAAUCAGAAGGAGAAAGCCAAAUACGGUACUGAAAUGCAUAGAAUACGAAGGAGAUGUCCUAGCAAAGAAGCAAAGGCUUGGAAUCAGUGUUACGUAGUACUAAUAAAUAAAUACACUGAUGGUAGAGUUUAGCAGGACAUCAGACGAUGCCCCAGACACCCACUAAACCAUCACUGAUCAUAGGGCUGCUAAAAAGAAAACACACAAAUAAACUACAUUUAAGUCAUAUUUCAUUAAAAAGGGAGCAGGAAGGAAAAGGCCCACUGGGCACAUUAUAAAGUGACUAUCUACAGUUGUGACAAGGAAUACAUGCUGAGGAUUCAAAGCUGCCCUUGUGCAGGCAUUGCAUGUAUAUUUGUGUGGAAGAAUAACUGAAAUAUGUUGAAAAUUACAUUUAGAAGAAUGGUGAAGCUAUAUAAUGCUUAAAAAACCACCACCAUCACAACAAAGCACAGGUUCUUUUGAUGGAUAAGGUCUGAACUAUGACAACACUGCUUCCACAUUGCAAGAUAAAACCUUAAAUGUAUAACUCUGUUCUGAUAUUAGAACAGACCAGGUAGCCUUUACUCCAGCAAAUCAGGCAUUUGGAUCUGAAUCCACCACUGGGGACACGCUUAGAGUAACUACUGCAAAAUAGCAGAAUUUUAGAUAGUGAGACUAUAAAGCAAAAUGAGGACACCAGGCUUAUAAAAGUGAUUAAAGACUUUCACUUGCUGGCGUUGAACUGCGUAGUCAGGGAAAAGCAUCUGUUAUAAUCCAAUUUUAAGCAGAUAAAGUAAUGAGCCACCACGAUGCUUCCAUUUGAUAAGGGAUGCAGUACUUGUACUUCAGUGAAAUCUCAGAAUGUCUAACAAAUGUUUCCCUCCUCUUUAAAUGUGCCAGAUCUCAUGAGGAACCAUUAAUUCCUGCUAUGAUCCUUGUUAAUAAGAAUAGGGGAAGAAAACCCACCUUCUUAAGAUUUAGCAUCUCUUCCCAACAUGCUGUAAAUGGAGAGUGCUGUCCAGGUGCCCCAUGAGCUGCAGCAGCUCAGUGCCAUGCCCACCACCUCACAGUGAUUAAUGCUGUCCUAAUAUCCAGCCUGGUCCUCCCCUGUAUAAAUCAAUCACCAAUAAACCUGAACUAGAUGUGAGACAGCACGGCGAUGGUACUUGACCAGGACAAACAGCAUUGCUGUCUUCAUGAAUGCAUACCCAGCAGCUUACCAGUGUAACCAGGAUGCGCUGUGCUCAGCUCUGUAACACACUUCAGUGUGGCCAACAGUUCUGCCAACUGCAGCAGCAGAUGUUGAACUCUGGCCUCAGACACUAUGGCACAUUGAAUGGAGAGACCUACAGCUGUGCUCAUCUUCUGAAUUGAAAUCAAACAGCCACUCCUAAACUGUAAGGAAAAGAAUCGGUAAACAUGCAAGAAACUAGAAUUGUCUGAAAAAGAAUACAAACUAUACAGAUUAAUUAGAAUUGUGCUUCAGUAGGUGCCCAGGGAAGCAACACCUGUACAUCUAACACCGAGUAAACAGAACAUCUUAUUUAUAGCAUACAGAGAAGGCACUGCAAGGCAAGUUUCUUCACUUAAUAUUGAGGACAGAUAUUAUGUAGUAUGAAUGCACAUAGAAGAAACAAUCCAGCAAGCAAAGAGAGGGUUAAUGAAAAAUAGCGAGUUUGUGAACUGUAAAAACAGAGCUGAAGCCAGACCUUCAGCUCUUGUAAAUCAGAGCUUGGGCACUGAUGCCAGCUGAAGAGCUGGCAUUCAGAAAGCACAGAAGAGCUAGUGGUUUUCAUCUGUUUGGAACUGACUUCAUUCGAACAUCACACACAGCCUCACUCCAUGUGGCUUGUCUAUGCAUUCUUUCUCAUUUAAUAAGAAUUAAGGAAACCAGUGCCCUGCUCUCCUCUUGAUGUAGAACCACACAGAGUAACGUUUUGAGCUGCUGUUUCUUAAUUCAUAUUGGGGAAUGUACAAGAUAAUCCUACAGCCAUAUGACACAGUACAAACAGUCCAUGAUAGAGUGGGAAAAAAACUCCAAUAACUGUAUUUCAAGGUAGAGUACCCUAUGAAUGAAAUACCAUUUUUUCAUAGAGGAAAUGCUCUUUUCUGAAAUAUAUCAUGUGCACUACAUUGAAAUACACUAUAGUGUAUUGUGAAAUGCAUACAUUAACUGCUGAAUCUAUAACACUGAAUAUGUAUAUACAUCACACCCAAGAUGUUUAUACGAUAUAAUAAGUCUUAGAUGUAUAACAUAAUGAAUUCUGUACAAAAUAAACUGUAAGUUAAGACAAUGAAAGACAA